AUGCGGGGUGCUCCAAUCGUUCUGCUCUACGCCGCGACCUUGGCGUCCGGCAUGGUCAUUACUCCCAGGCUUGCUGGUGAGGCCCACAUCGCUGUCCGCGGAGGUGGUGAAGACCACGACGGCGGUUCUUGGUGGGGCGGUGAUCAUGGAGGUGGUGAUCAUGGAGGUGGUGAUCACGGAGGUGGUGAUCACGGUGGAGGUGGCCCCCCAGCAGAGACCACUCCAUGCGAAACUGAGACUCCCCCGCCUGUCGAGACCUCCACUCCGUGCGAGACCGACACGCCUACCAUCCCCCCGGUUGUCACACCAACUUCAACCCCAUGUGAGACUGACACACCGACCCCACCGGUCGAGAGCUCCACUCCAUGCGAGACCGACACGCCUACCAUCCCCCCAGUUGUGACGCCUACUAUUCCCCCGGUUGUCACACCAACUUCAACCCCAUACCGACACGCCUACCACCCCCCGGUUGUGACGCCUACUAUUCCCCCGGUUGUCACACCAACUUCAACCCCAUGUGAGACUGAUACACCGACCCCACCGGUCGAGAGCUCCACUCCAUGCGAGACCGACACGCCUACUAUUCCCCCAGUUGUGACACCGACCUCGACCUCGACUCCUUGUGAGACUGAUACUCCCACUGCUCCUCCUGCGAGCUCAACUCCUUGCGAGACUGAUACCCCUACUACUCCUCCUCCUGCCAGCUCGACUCCCUGUGAGACUGACACUCCUACCGCCCCUCCUCCUGCUACCACUACGCCUAGCGAGACCGAGACUCCCGUCACGCCUCCUCCCGCUUCUUCCACUCCUUGUGAGACCGAGACCCCCACUGGUCCUCCCCCGGUUGUCGUGAUAACCACCACAUACACCACUACCACCUGCCCAGUGACCUGGAGCACCAUCACAAGCGGGACCACAACUUACACUCACCCCGUGACUCAGACCAGCACAAUCACAGUGACGUCUGUCUCCACCUGCACUGAGGGUUGCACUCAGCCCACAGCCCCUCCCACCAAGCCUACAAUUCCCCCUGCUGUUGAAACAACUUCUAUCGUGGUGCUUCCCCAUCCCAGUGUUCCAGCUACUGAGUCCACAGCCCCUCCCACCGAGCCCACAAUUCCCCCUGCUGUUGAAACAACUUCUAUCGUGGUGCUUCCCCAUCCCAGUGUUCCAGCUACUGAGUCCACAACCCGUCCUACCGAGCACACGACUCCCCCUGUUGUGGUGCCUCCUCCGGCUACUGAGCCCACUGCCCCGGCACAGUCGAGCCCCGUCACUUCUUCCACCGAGGCUCCCCCUGCUUCCUCCUCGCCUGGUUUUAACAGUGCUCCAGCUCUGCAGAAGUCAGCCGCUGCGGUCUUCCUUCCUGGCCUGGCUCUUCUGUUUGCUCUGCUCUGA